CACCAAAAUAGGAGAGAAGCCACCAGCUGUGACGUCCCUGCGUACUCCAAAUUGAGCCCGCUCGUGUUUUUUGGGUGGUGCAAGAGACAAGAGUCAUCGAGGAGCAUUUAUGGGCAAAAGAAAGAUACAAUGUCACACCAGCAGGAUGAGGUCUACACUUACGAUUUCCGCGACCAAGACCAUCCAACCGAGAUCUUGGACGCUCUCCGGCAUUUCUACCUCAACGGACUGUUUACCGAUGUCACGCUGCGGUGUGCCGAUGACUCGGGCCGGGCGUUCCACUGCCACAAGGCGCUACUGUCUGCCAGGAGCUCCUACUUCCGGAUCAUGUUCACGGCUGAUAUGAGGGAAAGGUCCAAAAGUGUCAUCAAGCUGGUCGGGGUGGAUUGUGAGGUUCUGGCACUCCUGGUUGACUACGUUUACACGGCCCAAGUGAGCAUCACGGAGAAAAAUGCGCAAAGCCUGCUGGAGGCCGCCGACCUGCUGCAGUUCAACUCGGUGAAACGGGCGUGCGAAGGCUUCCUUAUCCGUCUCCUGGAUGUCGACAAUUGCCUGGGCAUGCACGCGUUCGCUCAACUCCAUCUGUGUCCUGGACUCGAGCGCGAAGCCAGGAGGGUGAUGCUGAGCAGGUUUGCCGAGCUGAUCCAGCAGGAGGAGUUCCUCGAGCUGGAUUCCAAUCAAAUCCGAACACUUCUGGCUACUCAAAAGCUCAGCGUGCAAAGGGACCAACUGCCCGUUGACGCGGUGAUCAAAUGGGUCAUUCACGACUCGGAGAACCGUAUUCGUCAGGCUGCGGACCUGCUGCGCUUGAUCGAUCUGGACCUGGAUGAGAGUGACUUGGAGGCUAGUUUAGAGCUGCACAAGCGGUGCUUAGCGAGUAGCGACGAGAGAUUCAAAUCGAUCGUCGCGCAGGCUUCGAAACCUCAAAGUAAAGCGAUAACAGCAGUUGGGAAAACGAGCAUGUACGUUAUCGGGGGAUACUACUGGCACCCUCUUUGUGAAGUUCACAUAUGGGAACCCACGAGCGACACUUGGUUGCGAGGAAAAGACAUGCCGGACUAUGCGCGAGAGAGCUACAGCGUUGCGUUACUCCGGGCGGAUAUCUACGUGACGGGAGGCUACAGGACCAACACAGUGGAGGCCCUUGACACCGUUUUUAUUUACAACUGUGACCGUGAUGAGUGGACGGAGGCUUGCCCUAUGAUCACGGCCAGGUACUACCAUUGUUCCGUCGCUUUGCACGGCUGUAUUUAUGCCAUCGGAGGCUACGCGGGAGGAGCUCCGGAGCAGCAGACGGAAUGGUACGAUCCGCUAAAGAAGAAAUGGUUCCCGGGGGCAAGAAUGAUCCAAGGUGUAGGAAAUGCCACUGCUGGUGUACUAAGAGAUAAAAUCUACGUGACCGGAGGCCACUACGGAUUCAGAGGAAGCUGCACGUAUGAGAAAAUCCAAGUCUAUAGGCCAGAUAACGACGAGUGGAGCAUUAUUACAAUAAACCCACAUCCAGAGUAUGGACUGUGUUCUGUGUCUCUUGAGAACAAACUUUAUCUGGUAGGCGGAGAGACGACCAUUGCGGACUGCUACGACCCAGAGAGAGAGGAAUGGAGCUCCAUUUCAGUGAUGAAGGAGAGCAGGAUGGAGUGUGGUGCUGCGGUCAUAAAUGGUUGCAUCUACGUCACAGGGGGCUACUCCUACUCUAGAGGGACUUACCUGCAGAGCAUUGAGAAAUACGACCCGCAACUGGACACUUGGGAGAUUGUCGGGACGCUUCCCAGCUCUUCCAGGUCACAUGGAUGCGUCUGUGUGUACAGCGAUUAAUGUCAAGAUCUUAUCAUGCUCCUUUUGAAUUGUUGUCAUGUGAAAAAUAAUAUAUUGAAUGAAGAAAUUGGAAACUAUGCAAGUAUCAGUCAGUACUAUUUAUUGAAUUUAUUGAACAAUUUGAAGAUCUGUUAUCUCAUAUGAGACAGUUUGUGUUGCUCUAUAAGGGACAAGAUACUCAAAAUAAAUAGUGUUUAUUUAUCAGGAAACCAACAAAAUGACGUCAGUCGCUCGUCCUGGAGCUUUUAGUGCGUGCGUGUGUGUGGGCGUGUGCUGUGGGUGAGCGCGCGCGCGUCUGUGUGUGAGAAGGAACAUUUAAUGAUUAAAUUAGUUAUACAUUU